CUCUCCCUCUCUCUCAAACACACUCACAAACAGGCUGGAGAAAGAAGAGGGGCGAGGAAGCAGAGAGAGAAAAAAACCAGCUCGGCUAUUUCCCUCAAUCAUAAUCUGAUUUUGUGGAAGCCGGCGAGCGAACGAGCCAGCGAGAGAGAGGGGGAAGAGGAGCUCCCAUCUCUACCUCCCCCCUCUCCUCUUGUUCGCCUCAGCCAUAGGGAAAGGCUGCACAUAGAGACGAAAAGCAGGGCUAGGCCGCAAGUCAUUAGUUCUUGGUGGGCAAGCACUGACAAAAGGCUGGAGGGAGAAGCCACCACAGGAACUACGGAGGGCUGAGCAGGACGGACGCUCUCCUGCUUGCUUGAUUUUUCAGUUUUUUUGUUGUGUGUGUGUGUGUGUGUGUGUGGAAGGAAGCAGCACAGAGGAUCCAGUCAGAGCCGAGCACUCGUGCUACAACAAACAGGGGAGAGAGAGAGAGGACUUCCUUGUGUGGAGGAUCUACUCCUGCUGUGUAUUUUGGAAGUCCACGUCGCCUCGUCGGCUGCUGCAGCUGCAGCUGGCGUCGCCUCCAAAGAAGCACCACAUGAAAAUGAUGUUGUUGAUCUGGAAUAUCUUCACCAUGGGUCACAGAGCCGCCGCUGCUGCUGCGAGGAUUACAGCAGAAUAAGGAGGGAAGCUGCACUCUGCAUGGAAGGAAGAUCUAGAGAGGGAUUUCUACACGCAGCACAUUAUUGUUAAGGUUGAAGCCAUUCGACCGUCUCAGGAACUGCUCCAAAGAAAGAAAGAAAAGACUAAACAACGCACAGAAGAAGCCGGACGAGGGGACAAGAAAAGAGAAAUCCACGGGCAAGCAAAACUAAAAGUUGCCACACUGACUGAGACUGUUUCCAGGUCAUAGUGGAGGGGGAGGAGACUGUUCUUUUUUCUGCCUCCUCCUCAAAGCCUUUUUCCCCCUUUCUCUCAUUGACAUCUGCCUACUUAGCCUGAGGAUUAUUUAUGUUUGUUUUUUUUUUUUUUUUUUUAAGAUUUGGUGUAAAAAUAGCACUCUUGAGACUUAAUUAACACAUGCAAACAAGCAGGAAAUCCUGAUUCUCUCCCUGUGAGGAGGAGGAGGGGAAACGCUCAGUCCGGACUUUUCUCUUUUUUUUUUUUGUAAUAUUUAUGUUACCUUGACAGCAACCAGAGACCUUUUGGCUGCUUGUCCCAUUUUCUUCUGCGGCGGUUCGGUAACCAAGCGAUGGCCAUGGUGAGUGGGGGCUGGGGAGAUCCCAACGGGGGCACCAACGGCUUGGGGGACAAGGGCUACCUAAGGGGGGAAGAGGAGGACGGCUCUCCGCAGGCGGGAGGCAGCGACAUGGAAGCCGGGGACGACGACAAGGCCUGCGUGGUGGACUGCGUGGUGUGCGGGGACAAGUCCAGCGGGAAACACUACGGCGUGUUCACCUGCGAGGGCUGCAAGAGCUUCUUCAAACGCAGCGUCAGACGCAACCUGAGCUACACCUGCAGGUCAAACAGAGAGUGUCAGAUUGACCAGCACCACAGGAACCAAUGCCAAUACUGUCGCCUGAAGAAAUGCUUCCGUGUGGGAAUGCGUAAAGAAGUUCAACGCGGUCGCAUCCCCCCUCAGCCGAGCCUCAGUCCCUCCAUCACACCCAUAGGUGGCACCAGCGGCCUCGGAGGUGGCGAGUUUUAUAACAACAACAACGGAGGAAGCGGUGGAGGUCAGCCGGUGUCGGAGCUGAUCUCCCAGCUGCUGCGGGCCGAACCCUACCCCAGCAGCCGAUAUGGACACCAGUACAACCAGCAGGCCGGUCCAGACAACGCUAUGGGCAUCGAUAAUAUCUGUGAACUGGCUGCCCGGCUGCUCUUCAGCACAGUGGAGUGGGCCAGAAACAUCCCUUAUUUCCCCGAGCUUCCUGUGUCAGACCAGGUGGCCCUGCUGAGGCUGAGCUGGAGUGAGCUUUUCAUCCUCAACGCGGCUCAGUCGGCGCUGCCGCUCCACAUGGCGCCUCUGCUGGCUGCAGCCGGCUUCCACUCCUCGCCCAUGUCAGCGGAGCGCGUCGUGUCCUUCAUGGACCAGGUGAGGGUGUUCCAGGACCAGGUGGACAAGCUGACCCGGCUGCAGGUGGACUCCGCUGAGUACAGCUGUCUCAAGGCCAUCGCACUGUUCUCACCAGACGCCUGUGGUCUGACAGACCCAGUCCACGUGGAGUCUCUGCAGGAGAAGGCUCAGGUGGCUCUGACGGAGUACGAGAGGAUGCAGUACCCGAGUCAGCCUCAGCGCUUCGGCCGCCUGCUCCUGCGCCUGCCCGCCCUGCGUGCCGUCCCUGCCAACCUCAUCUCCCAGCUCUUCUUCAUGCGCCUGGUAGGAAAGACCCCCAUCGAGACGCUGAUCCGUGACAUGCAGCUCUCCGGAAGCUCAAUCAGCUGGCCGUACGUCCCAGGACAGUAGCUCCCUGACAGGGCGAGGUCUCCGUCUGGGAUUAGUGACGACAAGGACCCACAGGAAACCUCCUGACUCAUCACUAUCCAUCUGUGUGGGUUAUCAAACUGCAGUGCCAGCUGGCCGUCAUAUGUACUGUAACCGCUCAAUUCCCCUCCAUGAAAACGAGCCCUCGGUCUCCACGUGGGCCUCCAGAGAAGAGAGUGCCAGGCUGGAGCUGAAUUGUUGCCAGCGCAGUUCAUUCUGGUGCCAGAUCUCAGGCCAAGAGACCAGCUCCUCACGCUGGGCUCCGAUAUGGCCGCCACAGCCAGUCAUGUUACCACCCACAUACUUGAGUGACUAAACACGCCACAGAUUCAUGUAGAGGGCAGCAGCACCCUGCUACAAAUAAAACUGUCCUGCCACUGACAGUCAGGGGAACAGUUUUUCCCACACUGGGCUCAUUUUCUAUGGCUCACCAUUUGUGAUAGAGUGACCUUUUCAAGCACGUAACACGAUGAUGAUGAUACAGAAUCAUGAUGACAGUGGAGCUAAUUAAACAGACUGAAAGCUGCAGGCCUCGUUGUUGAAGGGAAACUCCAGAAUCUGCUGCUCUCUCACCUCAACGCCGAGGAAGAAGCAAAGGAACUGGAAAGGAAGUGAAAUAAGAUCCAAGGGAAAAUCACCAAAGUCUAUCAUGUCAUCCUCAGAGAUGGUUUUUGAAUAGAAAUAUUAGAGAUGAGUGGACUCUUGUGACUGCCUGACCAUCGAGUGAACAGUGCAUUUAGAUUCAUCCACAGGGCUCACUGUCGCUGUAGUCGAAGAUGAUUUAAAAGAAAAAAAAAGCCACACUUGCAUAAGAACGGACUAAUACCUCACUAGACAUCAGAAUGCUUUAGUCUGAUAUUUCCUAAACACGAACCUCUGUAAAUUUUGUUCACCAGAAAUCGCCUUCUUUUUUGACAACUGCCUUGUUAUUCAGUAUGAAUUUGGGACACCGAUGAAAUAUGAGUCUUAUGUGCAUCACGAGCAUUUGUCUUGCAUCUUUUGAAAAGAAGAUCCCCAAAGUGAUUUUUCAGUUGUCUUUUAAAUAUUAGUUUUGACUGACCGAGAAAAGGCGCAUUCAGCUUUGUUUGGAUCAAGCUGGGGUUUUUUUUUUUUUUGAGAAAUAGCAGCUGCACAUCUAUGAGAAAUAAUAACGAAAAAUACUAAGAAUUAGCUCGACAGAUGUAGCUGGUGAUCAGAGUUUAUAAGCAACACUACCAGUUAAACACCAGUUAAUUAGUACAGUUUCUGGGGUAACGAUCUCUUGGAAAUGUAUUAAAAUGUACAUAUAUAUUGAGGCCAAGUUUGUCUUUUUGCAUGUUCAAAUGUUGUUUUGGAUCUCUGCUAAGUUGUUUCCUUCUUUUACAUUAUGUAAUUCAAGGUUGAUUUAAACAUUAAAGUAUUGCUUUCACUGGUAGCUCCUAAAGGGUUUUUUUCCUACCUACAUGAAUUUACAUGAAAAUACCUCCGUCAUCUCUUCAGAUGUCAAGAAAGAAGCUUAACGCCAUUACAGCUAAUAUGACGCAGAGCUGUUCACGCUCUCAUCUCUGAGCAUCCUGAGUGAGUCUCUGCUGUUGCAAAUGAUGUGAGACGAUGUUGUAAUGGAUGAGAAUCUGGUGGAGAGACUGCACCAGGAGGAAAUUCAAUGCCAAAACAUCACACUAUGUGAGGAGUUAAAAGAAGAUUUUCCACCAGGAUUUACCUCACGUAGGUAGUUCAAGAGGCGGGUUUACAAAAUCACACAUAUUUUAAUUAAAACAAUAAAAAAAAAAAACACAUAUUUCAGCAUUUAUAGAUGGGAAAACUCAAAGUCAAAAGUCUUAACUCUGCUUCUUGAUCUACCAUCGGGCCUGGCGGAAGUUAUUUGGGUAUUUCUUCUUUUAGUCAACAACUCAACCAUGUUGUAGAGGGGGAAAAAAGAUAAAUAUACUCUUAAUGUUUUCUUAUGUUUGUGUUACUGAGUUCUUAAGAUUUAAAACUUCACGUGUAUGGCAACGUUAUUAAAAGAAUCAAAAGAUGACGAUGUGUCUUUUGUUAUGUUUGUUUUUUCAAACUACGUGAAAAAGUGUAAUCUGUAUGAAGAAUACCAAAUAAACACUGCAACAUGUA